GCUUCAUCCACGGUGAAAGCUGAUCCGGAGAUCCACAGCUCGAAGUUGAUGUAUUUCCUCAGCAACCAUCACGGAUCAGCUCUAGGCAUGACAAACUUUCACAAUGAAACACACAGUGUCUCCACGACAUGGCGCCAGCGGCAACAGCGAGAAUAAAAGGUCUAUGGGUGAGGUAACCUAUGAAAGUUCUUGAUCAUGACCACCAAGUCAUCUUUGUUAAAGGUGAUUCUGCUGGGGGAUGGUGGAGUGGGAAAGUCCUCCCUCAUGAACCGGUAUGUCUCCAACAAGUUUGAUUCACAUCUGUUCCACACAAUCGGUGUAGAGUUCUUAAACAAAGAGCUGGAGGUGGAUGGUCACAUGGUCACUCUACAGAUCUGGGACACAGCAGGCCAGGAGAGGUUCAGAAGUCUCCGAACACCCUUUUACCGUGGCUCCGACUGCUGUCUGCUUACGUUUAGUGUGGAUGAUAAUCAAAGUUUCUUAAACCUCAACAACUGGAAGAAAGAGUUUGCAUACUAUGCAGAUGUCAGGGACCUAGAGAAAUUUUCAUUUGUUGUUCUAGGGAACAAAGUAGAUGUGAUGGAGCGUCAGGUGUCAAUGGAAGAAGCUCUAAGGUGGUGUCAAAAGAAUGGUGGAUAUCCAUACUUUGAAACAAGCGCAAAGGAUGCCACUAAUGUCUCAGCUGCAUUUGAGGAAGCAGUUAGACAUGUGCUGUCAUCUGAAGAUCGCACCGAACACCUUCUGCCCACAGACACUGUUGACCUGCACAGAAAGCCACGGACGAACGGCUCAUGCUGUUGAAACACUCCUUAUGUGUUAGCAAAAAAUGCAAAAAUGCUCCGUUCCAGAAAAACCUAAUUUCAUAAUUUCUGUCAUUGCAGAAUUAAGAUGUUUUAGCUUUAGCACUCACACUAGUUCUAAUACUGUUUACAAGUUGAGAAAUAAACAUCAGAUGUUACACUCAUUAACAAUAGAACAUAUACAAGUGUGCUUUGUGUUCAAGUUGUGUUACUUUAAUUGCCUUUAGCACAGGUUUGUUUGUCUUAUUUAACAAUAUUACAUAAGACAUUUUGGAAUGUCUUUGAGCCAUAAAGUGCGAUUUUAUAGCAUAUUUGUAAAUAUAUAUUUUUGUUUUAAUAACAACUUUCAUUUCAAUGGGCUUUGGGUCUCUCUUAAUUUAUCAGAGCUAACAUUUUUAUUUAUUUAAAUAUGCUAGAAUAUAAAAGUUGAGUACUGAAAUGAUACCAUUCAUUUUAUUUGACAUGAUUUCUGUGCCACAAAUGAUUCUCAUAAUAAUCCUGCAUGCUAAUCUAAGUUUGCUAUAUUUGUGUGUAUUCAUAUAUAUUUAAUUGAAAUAAUGCUGAAUUAAAAGAAUUUGAUAAUUG